GAUUUGAAACAUUGGAGACACAAAUUGAAUUGCGAGUACACGAUACUGGGACAUUUGGAACAACACGGCAUAAUUGGAUGUUCCUUGGAAAUUGAGGAUUGGAGAAUAUACGGAGUACUGGUGCCCCCAAUACCUCGCUCGAUACUCGAAGGAACAACUUCACCGAAUGCCUGCCCCGACAAUUACCAUUCACCAUUCCACAACAUAAUUGUACUACCUGCAAGACCAGCCUCUUUCUUCGAUAGAGAGAAAGAAAAGUAGUCUCGGACGAAAGAAUCUUCUUGCUUUGAUGUUGACGAUUUCACUUACUACAGGGUCCUUCCGAAUAAGAUCGGGGUCAAAAGACCAGGGGCGAGGUGGUGCGAUUGCUACUUGAUAUACAUGGGGAGAGCUUAAAGGUGUAAAUGGAAUAGUCGCGACAAGGGCUUUUCUAGUUUGGCCUUGACGAUGAAUAUGGGAAAUGGAUAUUAUGGCGUUGAAACGUCUUCUCCCAUUUCCAACAACAUGGAUAGCAGGAGUCCGCAUAUGCAGAUCAGACAACAGCGAAGCCAGAAGUUCAACCUGUAUCCGACAAGACCUCGGACUUCAUCCAAAGCGUCCGAGCUAUCUGUUAAUACUUCUAGGUCGGGAAAUCGCCCUUUUCCAUUUCCACCCAAGUCACCAACACCAUCCACUCGAGAACAUUAUUUGCCCAUUAACCCCCUCGCUCAAAAUCCUCCUAUUCCGCAUCAAAGACCCUCAACAUCGCAUCAUUCAGCACCUAAUGAAUCCCCCCGAUCUUUAACUGCUCCACAACAGAAGCUUCGACGAAAACCUUCAGAGGCUUCACGUUUGAGACAACUUAGUAACGUUCGAUCGCAUUCUUCUACUGGCAGACGUACCCCGGAAAAGGUAGUAGACAAUUUCUCUAGACCACGACAGGCCAGUCUGCGGAGACGAAAUGAGUCUCCUAGCCCUCUGAUUCAUGCCUCGACAUUUCAUGUAGAACCAUCACAAGAUGAGGAAGCAAUAAACAAUGGAUCAGUUUUCAGUACAAGAGAUCGGGGAUUUUCAUCUUCUUCUUCACAAUCAGGCCAACAAUUACCUCCGCCUGCACCCGCACCCGCGCCUAGCCUGCGACCUUCUGCGUCAAUUCCGGACUAUCAUACUGUAGAUCUAAAUAAUGCGAGACAGCGCAAUAUCCCACAAGCAAAUUUUAGGCCAAGAACAGGAAUCAAUAGACCAGACAGUAAUAACUCAUCCAUAUAUCGACGAGACCCCCCGAUUCGACCAACAAACUUUGAUGAUGAGGAAGUCCGAGCAAGCUUCAGAUCUGCUUUGACUACAAACUCGAGUUAUUUUGGAACAAGUGGGACAGAGAGAAGCAGUGUAUUGACGAAAAGUAGUUCACACACUUCUUUCUUUGGGGGUAAAGACGAGGGAAUGAGUGUGGAUGAUGCAAUUGGCAUGUAUGAAGGUGGCUUUCUGGACUCGGGAGUCGAAGAUAAUGAUUUGGAGGACAAGCUCCUGGAAAUUGGUGCAGAAAUUAAGCCCAGAUCUGUAUAUCGACAAGAGUUCUUUGAUGAAGACGACGAGUUUCGACCAAUGACCCCGGAUUCGGAGGGAAGGCAAUCGAAGUUGGAAGAGGCAAUGGACGAUUCUCUUGCCCCUCCAACUCUCGAGGAUUCGCAAUAUUCAGUUAGAGGUUCUACGGAGAUAUUCCACGGCAAAGCUUUCGAGGCACAAAGUGCGGCAUUCACCCCAAAUCUUACUUCUAGUGAUUUUUCGGGGUCGAAAGAAUUUGAUGGUGCUGGAGCGUCUCAUGAAAUUCGGGACGAAUACAUCGAACCGCACGCAGUAGUGCCACCUCCACCAACAACAAAUACAUCAGACCCAGCUAGAGACAGGUAUGGAUUCAAGAAAAAGACACAAUACGUUUCGUUGGAAGAAUAUGAAGCUUGGAGUGGGCCAUAUAAUGAAUACGUCGAGCGAAGGAGAAAGAAAUGGGUGUUGUUACUCAAGGACCACAGUCUGAUUACCGACAAGCCAAUUCGAUUUCCACCAAAAUCGGCAAAAGUCAAACGUUUCGUCCGCAAAGGAAUACCGCCUGAUUGGCGCGGCGAAGCUUGGUUUUGGUAUGCAGGUGGUCCGGCUAUGGUCGCUAAGCACUAUGGGGUGUAUGAUAGCUUGGUAAAGCAAGCAGCUGCAGGGGCGGUUAAUGAGACGGACGACGAAAUCAUUGAGCGGGAUCUCAAUCGCACGUUCCCGGAUAAUAUCAAAUUCAAGCCGGAUCCCCCUCCUGUUUCAGAAAAACGGACUAGUCAGCCAAGUAUAAAGGAGCCGGAGACCCCAAUGUUGAAGUCACUGCGGAGGGUAUUGCAAGCUUUCAGUAUCUAUAACCCAAAGAUAGGGUAUUGCCAAAGUCUGAACUUUUUGGCGGGUUUGUUGUUGCUGUUUAUGGAUGAAGAGAAGAGCUUUUGGAUGUUGAACAUUAUCACGAGAGUUUAUUUGCCAGGAACUCACGAGGUUAAUCUAGAAGGCGCAAAUGUGGAUUUAGGAGUCUUGAUGACAAGUAUCAAAGAAUCAAUGCCGGCUAUUUGGGCUAAGAUUGGAGGAGAACUUGACGGUACGGCAGGAGAUGGCAGGCUUUCCAUGCGUCUUCCUCCCAUUACAUUGUGUACCACGGCUUGGUUCAUGUCAUGCUUUAUUGGCACUCUUCCGAUUGAAACUACACUUCGCGUCUGGGACAGCUUUUUCUUUGAAGGAUCAAAGACUCUUUUCCGUAUCGCUUUAGCAAUAUUCAAAGUAGGAGAACAGGAAAUCAGGGCCGUGUCCGAUCCAAUGGAAAUUUUCCAAGUCGUACAAACUAUUCCCCGAAGACUUGUCGAUGCCAAUGGGCUUAUGGACGCAUGCUUCCGGCGAAGAAAUGGUUUUGGACAUAUUAGCCAGGAGACCAUUGAGGCACGAAGAGCAGAACGCAGGAAAGGCUACGCGGAAGAAAGGGCAAUUGCGAAUGGGGAAGUACUACCCAAGAGAGGCGGAACCUUCUUCUCCAAGAAGAAAACUAAGAGUGCAGAGAAUUAAGAGACAGUAUUUACUGUGACGGGCGUAUGUCCUAGGGAGUAAUUGGGGAAUGUAUACCUAACAUCUGGUGUUUGGUGGGAUUGUGAGAUUUUUGAGGCGUCCUUGGCUUUUCUUUUUUUUUUUUUUUUUUUUUUUUUUUUUUUUCAUUUGUGUGUGGGAAAAAGAGAAUUUGGAACCUGGGCCCCUUUUCUUUGCGUUUUAUUACGAUGAUUAUGAGGUAGCAUUUAUAUGGGGGCAUAUACAAAUAUGGAGGGACUUUAGAAAGAUAUUUUUUUGCGUUAGUACUACUGUAUAUUAAAUUUGAACUUCUUGAUAGGAUUGUAGGGGGUGUUGGAAUUGGACUGGGCUGGGCCGAGAAAGGAGAGGGAGGGAAGAAGGAUGAUUUUGAAGUUAUGGGGGAGACAAGAUAACUGUAGUAGGUAUGCAAAUAAAGAGAGAGUGUUGUAACA